AUGUUCGACCUAGUCGCGCUUCUUUCUACUCUCGGCAGCACCUUGACCGCCCUCAUAUCCUCCAACUUGCCAUCCGACAUCUGGUUUACUGUCUCAAACCCACUCCUCGCCAUUAAUGGGUUGAUAUCAGCCAGAAGAGCUGACAGGAACAUUGUCAAGGACGACACAAUUCAUGAAAUCAUGGCUCUGGCUGAUUGCCAUGAGACAGCCGCCUUGCUCGCUGACCUGAUUCGGGUCGACGGAGCAGGCCGGUGGCCACCCCGAGCCAACCACGACCACGACACCUGGCCAGCAGCAAUUCGACCUUACAAAGAAGCAUACCUGGAAAUGGGACCGCUCCUGGCUACAGCAGACCUCUCGCUAGACGACAACGUCAACAGGACGCGCAUUGCCAACUUCCGUUCUCUCUUCCGGGAGCUGUUGCAUGAGCGGGUUGAUAUGUCUCAGGUCAAACAGCUGCUUGAAGCAGCCGAUGCCGGCCGUUGGGAUGUGUUCCCCAGAGACACGUACAAUGCCUUUUACUCAUGUGUUUCCUGGUGUCGGCAUGCGUAUCGCUGGGCCACGAUCCCCGUAGUCCGCAUCGCCCAGCUCGAAGAGCACAUCGACCUCCCCCCGGAGCUCAUCGAGCCGUGGGAGCACCUGCAGCGGCAUUUUGGCCUGGUCUCCGCAGCGGGCAACGUGCACUCAACCCUCCUCUUAUCCUUCGACUCGCAGGGCGCGUACCGUCUCAAGAUCAACACGAGUCCUAGUGUCGCGGAUAAUAUCGUUAUUACCUCAGCGGAGGCCGCCUUUGCGGCCAUCUUCCGCGAGACCGAGGUGCUUGCCCUACCCAUCUACCACGCCAUGGUGCAUGCCAUCUCUUUCUUUGCCCGCGGCGACCUGGCUGCAUGUCUGGCGCACACGUCUCGCAUCAGAGCGGCGCUGCGCCCGCUGUUUGCCGCCUACUACGACCGCAUGCACAACGGGCGCAUUGCGCUGGCCGUCUGGGUGCCUUACGUUCAGGGUUUCUUUGGCUGGGGCGUCGGGGGUCAUGGCGAUGAUCGCGAUCGCGACGAUACGGGCGAGUUGAUCAAAUUUGGCGGGCUCAGCGGGAGCCAGGUGCUGCUUUUCCAGGUGCUGGAUGCAUUCCUGGGUAUUGCGCUGCCGUACCUGGACGAGACAACACGGAGGCGCUCUGUGCCGGCCAGACAGCGGGCGUUGUGCGAGGCAUUUGAGAAGCACUCGUUUCGAGGGAAGUUAGGGGAUAGUGAGGUCGAGGAAAAGAUUGUGGUUGAGUUCACAGAGAUCGUGAAACGCCUCAGGCUGUUUCGAGCCGCUCACAGGACGCGAUCCAAGACCUACCUAUCGCAGCCUGCCCCUGAAAGACUGCUAAUGACGGCAGGUAGGUCGGUUCUUACCAAGGAUACCAUGGAAGAGAAUCUGGCGGCUCUGGAUGCAUUUAUGCUCGGCAGGCUGGCUCAGACUGUUUAG